AAACGUAGAAUUGAUUUGUUUUUUUGUGCAUGUUUAAACGUUAUUCGUCACACGAAUUUAUCGUCACGCUUGUUUUCCCUCAUUAGCGUAAUACUGUAAUAUACCAGUACCUAAUACAUAUUGUCGUUAAAAUACGUAACCAAGAAAUCGUAAAUCUAUCCAAUUUCGAAAAUAUUAAUAUCGUGAUUUGUGAUACAUUUUUGAAUAAAGCCAUAGAAAAUUAUUAUUACCUACCUGCAUAUAUUGUCAAUGGGAUUAAAAGUGAUAUUGAAGGUAAGUACAUUACAAUAAUUGUUUUUUUAUAGAUCCAAAGCGUACUGAGGAAUGUAUUAGUUUUACUACUAUGUGUGGUUUUUUUUUGCUAUCCGUGAACAUUUUUUCUACGAGAAAUCUUGCUCCGGUUAUCAACUUUUCGGGCUGUUUAUAGUAGCAAAUUUUGUUUUUUCUGUGUGUUGAGGUCAUUUUUUCGAUUUUCUUUGUAGUUUUCUUAAUGACUGGGAAAAAUGAGAAAAAAGGUUAUCAAAAAAGGGGAAUUUAAGUAUUAAAGAUUUCUAAUAUUUUUUAUUUUGUUUGAUUGUUAUAAUUCGGUUAGAAAUUUCCUAACCUAACUGAAUUUUACUCCGAAUCGUGUUUCGUUAGUAAUAAUUUAUUGUUUCAUAUAAAUAUAAAUAGGCACCUAUUUUAUUCAAUUACUUUGUAAUAUAAUAUUCUACUUUUCAAACAUUUUCUUACAACAGUGCAGGUAUAUCCAUCUGCAAGUCCGGGUAACUUCAUGAUUUUUUAAGUAGGUUAAGUUUUUUAUUUCAGUUGAAUUCAAAAUUAAGUUGACAAAUAUCAUUAACUUCAAUUAUUAUUUACUAAGUUAAGUUAAUUAGAAAAAAAAAAAGCUGACACUGGGCAUGGGUGUGCCAUAGUUGUAUGUGAGAAGCUAGGUAGGUAAGAUACAUAAAACUAUGAAAUUUAUGAAUAAUAUGAAUUAUUUUCAAAAAAUGGUAUUUUCUUGUGUAUUCUGAAAAUGAGUAAUAACAAUUCAGUAAAAUUUGGGGUAUACAAUUUUUUAAUGAGACUAUAUUAUUUCUUUUUGAGCUCCUAUGCGAUUUUCCGAGCUGAGAAGCGCUUAUCCAUCACUUAUACUUUCUUAAAGCCCACGUCUUCGGCUAUCCAUUGGAGAAAACUUAUUUUGUCUAGUUAUAAUAUUCUUGUAUAAUUAUUUUUUCAUCGAGUUUAAAACUCGGCAAUUCCGGUUAGCGCUACUGAAAGCACCACACACGUUUCUACUUAGAAUUUAUUGAUAAACGCCUCCGGAACGACUGCAUAUCAUGCAUUUUUACAUAUUUAUUGCCUAUAUAAUGGUGUUAACUGCUAGCCGAUCAAAAAUUUAGUGUAAGUAUUGAAAACUAAAAUCCACUAGAAGAAAUAUUUUAUUGAAUAAAAGUCCGUUGAAACCAUUGUUUCUUGCAAUAAAAGAUUAUAUUUAAAUAUUAUAAUAGCAUAAUUUAGUUAAGUAAGUGAUCAUUAAAUAUUGUUCAAUUGUUCAGAAAUAUUUUAAUAUUCGAAUAUUCUGAUGAAAAUUUGUUCAACUUGUAACAUUAUUCAAUUACACUGAUGAACAUUUACAUUAAAAAAAAAAAACAGCAUUUGUUUCAAAAUCCAUUAAUUUUACGUUUGAAGAUGUAUUUCGUGGAAAAAAAUAUUAAAUCCCGAAAAUUUGUUGUUUCAAUAUUUCAAAAUAGUUUCCUCCAUGAGACAUAUGAAGAGAUCAUUUUUAAAAAAAUAUUUAUGUGAUAAUCAGAUAGUAUUGUAUAAUAUGAUAAGAUAUGAGAAUGGAAAACUGUUUAAAUAGUGUCUAGAAUAAUAAUAUUAUUUGUUCAAUCGUUAGAAUUAUUGUUGUGUUUAUUUUACAAAAUGUUCAUAAGAAUUACAUUUUAAUCAGAGUUCAAAAAUCUCGAUGAAGAUUAACGAAAAGAGUUUAUCCGCAUAUUCGACUUCGGCUUCACCGAUCGAUAAAGAAGGAUGGCUUUGCAAACGAGGAGAACUCAACAAGGGGUACCAGAAGAGAUGGUUCGUCCUGAAAGGUAACUUGUUGUUUUAUUUCGAGCGGAAAGGUGAUAAGGAGCCACUCGGCGUAGUCAUACUUGAAGGAUGCAGUAUUGGUAUGUACUUAUUUAACAGUUCAAUAUUUUUCUAAAUUAGGUACGUUGUAAACAUUGAAAUAUCACUAUUGAUUUAGAGUUGGCCGAAAAUGAUGAUCAGUUCAGUUUUAAAAUUAUAUUCCAUGGCCCCAACAAUAGGAGUUAUACAUUGGGAUCCGAUAGCCAGGAAUCAAUGGAACAGUGGAUGAAAUCGUUAGCAUGUGCAAGUUACGAUUACAUGAAAUUUAUGGUCGCUGAUUUACAAAGACAACUAAAAGAAUUAGAAGGUAUAUAUACAAUGAACCACGACCGUGGUAUUACAAUAUUCGAUUAUUAUUUUUCAAAAUGUUUGUAAAAUUGUUUUAUUUUAUAUUUGUAUAGAAUCGCCCAUGGUAUCUCUCCAAUUACCAAACAAUCAAACGUCAUUAAAAAAAGAAUCGAAUGAACAAUUAUCACCACAGCCUCCACCUAGAGGUCGUCACAAUCCCUUUAAUAAACCAACUACAGGACAUCAGUCUCCUCAGCGGAAAGAUAUUGUAUCAUUCCGUAAAUCAUUCAAAGAGUUGCACAACCAACUCGGUAGACCAAUACUUAGAGACAGGAAUGAAUGGAGAUUCGGUUUGAUAAAGCAAGAACUAAACAAUCAAGAACCACUCAUAACUUUAUAAUUUGUUUCAUAACUGUUGGAAAAUGUUAUAUAAUGCCUAUACUGUAUUUUUAUUCAUUUGCGAUUUUUGUGUGUUUUACUUUUAUGACCAUAUUGUGUGUAAAAGAUUAUUUAUUAU